AUGUCUGAUUCCACCGAAAUUUACGAGAGUGCCCACGUUGAUAACAGUCUAUCAAGGAAGGCUAAGGAUAUAGCAGCUGGGUUUGUGGGUGGUGCAACCCAAGUAUUGAUUGGCCAGCCGGCAGAUUUAGUCAAGAUCAGGCUUCAAACAACAUCAGCCACAUCUUCAACACAAGUUAUCAAAGAUGUGGUCAAGAAUGAAGGGUUACUAGCUUUUUACAAAGGAACAUUACCACCGCUUUUCGGGGUCGGUGUUUGUGUGUCACUUCAAUUUUAUGGAUUUCAUGAAGCAAAGAGACAGAUAUUGCAAUACACGGGAAAAUCACAAUUGAACUUGUGGCCCGAGACUUAUGUUGCUGGUGCUGUGGCUGGUGUGGUAAACUCUCCAGUAACGGCUCCAGUUGAGCAAUUGAGGAUCCUCAGUCAAUCCUCUUCUGGAGAACUGAUCUCGCUUACGUCUACAGUGAAGAAGAUUUUUGCCCAGCAAGGCAUACGGGGCAUUUAUCGUGGGUUUGAUAUAACGUUAUUGAGAGAGUUUCAAGCAUACGGAGUGUGGUUCUUGACUUAUGAAGCGCUAAUAAAAAAGAUUGUUGAGCUACACCAUUACAAGAAUAGGGACCAAAUUGGUACUCCAGAAUUGUUGGCAAGCGGGGCACUUGCCGGUAAUGCCUUGUGGCUAAGUUCGUACCCGUUGGAUGUCAUCAAAUCCAAUGUUCAAAGUGAUGGUUGGGGUGCAAGUAGCAAGUUUGACGGAAGUGCUAUCAAGGCAGCAAGAUACAUUUACACUCACCAUGGUUUUGCUGGUUUUUGGAGAGGUAUAGUUCCAUGCUUGGUGAGGGCUGUGCCAUGUAGUGCGGGUACGUUUGCAAGUGUUGAGUUGGCACUUAGACUUAUGGGGUAA